AUGAAUGAGCAAUUCAUCGAAACUUUUCAAAAAACGUUUGGAAAGAAACCAAUUUAUCAUGUGAGAUGUCCAGGUCGGGUUAAUAUUAUCGGGGAACAUAUUGAUUACAAUGAUUACUCCGUCUUACCUAUGGCAAUAAAAGCUUCAACCUUUGUGCUUGUGGCUCCUUCUCAAGAGUCCAGAAUUCGAAUAUACAAUGUUGAUCCCACCUAUCCCUCAUUUGAGUUAUCACUGCCAAGUGACUGGAAUGGUUGCAAUGCCCCAAAAUGGCAUGAUUAUGCUUUAUGUGGCUGGAAGGCAGUAUUAACAUUUCUCAAAGAAGAACCUAGAGGGUUCGAUUUACUUGUAACAGGAUCUAUCCCAUCAUCAUCGGGCUUAUCCAGUAGUUCUUCCUUGGUUUGCUCAGUAGCACUAGCCACUCUAUAUAUUCAUACGAAACAAAGUUUCGAGAGAAUAUCACGUUCUAAUUUUGCGGAUUUAUGUGCUCAUGCAGAACAUCUGAUCGGAACUCAAGGAGGGGGAAUGGAUCAAGCGGCUGAGAUCUUGUCGUUGGAAGGAAGAGCUCUGAAAAUUAAUUUCAACCCUUUGUCAUCUGAACCAGUAUUUUUACCAUCAGAUGCUAAGUUUGUUGUUUUACAUAGCGGACAAACUAUGAACAAAGCUGCUUCUUCAGAAUUCAAUCAGCGUGUCGCGGAAUGUCGACUAGCUGGGAAGCUUCUGCUCAAACAGAAUGAUAAAGAAUGGCCAAAAGUAGGCAUUGUCAAUCUGAGAAAAGUUCAAGAAAUGCUGGGCUGCGAUUUAUCAUCAAUGAUUUCAUUAGCUGAAGAACUGCCUGAAGAAAUUACUCGUGAAAAACUUGAUGAGCUAUUAGGAACUGAGGCAGUAUUGAGUUGUUUAACAUCCAACACAAUUCAUUUGACUAAAUUCAAAAUACGCGCUCGGGCACGUCAUGUCUACUCAGAAGCAUCAAGAGUUGCCACUUUUGCAAGUGUCUGUCAAAAAAACGACAUUGCACAAAUGGGGAAACUAAUGACAGAAAGUCAUGAAAGUUGUAGGAAGGACUAUGAAUGUAGCUGUCCGGCUCUUGACAAUGUGGUCCAAUCUUGUUUAUCAGCUGGUGCUCUAGGUGCAAGACUUACAGGUGCCGGAUGGGGCGGGUGUGUAGUAGCACUUGUCAAUGGUAGUUCUGACGUUAGCUUGAGUCACCUUAAUGUUCUUUUCACGUCAUCGCCCUGUGCUGGUAUAGAUGGUGUAAAUAUGUCUUAG